AUGUUACCUGUGACGAUGAGAACGUCAGUGCUGCUGCUGCUACUACCCCUGAGUCAGGCUGUUCCCAAACACGGCACCACAAGGCUGGACCCUGACGUGCAGCAUCCACCUCUACCCAACCCCUUCCAGCCAGGCCAGGAGCAACUUCAACUUCUGCAGAGCUACCUAAAGGGACUAGAGAGGAUGGAAGAGGAGCCGGAGCACAUGAGCCGGGAGCAGGUUCUCCUCUACCUCUUUGCUCUCCACGACUACGACCAGAGUGGACAGCUGGAUGGCCUGGAGCUGUUGUCCAUGUUGAUAGCAACUCUGGCCCCUGGAGCUUCCGACUCUCUCACCACCAACCCGGUGAUCCUGGUAGUGGAUGAGGUGCUGGAGACCCAGGACCUGAAUGGGGAUGGGCUCAUGACCCCUGCAGAGCUCGUCAACUUCCCUGGAGAGGCCCCGAGGCACACAGAUCUCAAAGAGCCCCCAGAGCCACAGGAUGUUGGGAGGCGGCCUCUGUUGGCUAAAAGCCCGUCAAGAGAAGAAGCACAUGAAGCCCCAGGUCCCAGAGAAGAAGCUGGGGGACAGGUGGAGGCCAGAAGGGAGUCCUUGGAACCUGUACAGGAGGCUGGGGGACAGGCAGAGGCUGCAAGAGAAGCCCCAGGCCCUGGCGGGGAGGUUGGGGGACAGGUAGAAGCCAGGGACACUGGAGAGAGAGCAGAAGAGCUUCCAGGGGAAACACUGGAGUCUAAGAAAACCCCAAAUGAGCUUGAGGUUCAUGCUGUUCAGCUGGAGAAUGAUGCGAUAUAAACCUUGAGGAUACAGGUUUGCACACCUACAAGCCUCAGUGCCAGAACAUAUGCCCCAAAGGGUAGGGUGUGUGUUAGGGCAACGGCCACCUCUGUGCCCCCUUCCUGGCCCCAGUACGUGGCAGGUCUUUCUGUGCAGCUCAGGGAGACCCUAAGUUGAAGGGCAGAUUUAGGGCCCAGAAAACCAAUAAAGAACCAAAUGAACCCA